CAUAAGCAAAGUACAUGUGUUAUUGUUUGUUCCUGUACUUAUGAUUUAAUCUUGACUAUAGACAAAAACGGAACAUUAUAAAUACACUUAUAGAAAAGGAACUUGGCUUUAUCAAUGUACAAUGCUUCAUUUUCUUCUUAUUUUUUUAUUCGGAACUUUAUCUUUAGAUGCAAUUGCAUUGAAAACUCAAAAUACAUCCAUAUGCUUGGAUAGCAACUUUGAAGCUUUUGUGGACAAAAACACUAAUGCACACACAUGGAAUUCAUGUCAAUGGACACACAAAGACAUGAUACUUCACCCAUCAUAUCUCCGAUUUCCUUCAAGCGAAGACCCAAACGACACACAACCGCAAUCAGCACCAUUUGAUAUCGCAUUUCGAUGCUAUCAUGUACCAGAUGAGAUAUGCCAAAAGGCAGAAAGAGCCUUUAAGAAAGCAGGCGAGAUUAUAGCCAGUGUCAUUUUAUUUCGAGAAUCAGUGCGAGUGAACGCAACAUUAAUGUCAUUUUGUGCGGUAGGCAAUGAGUGUAACAAAAAAAUGAUGACGUUGGGCGGUUCUUCUCCUGCUCGCGCCAUGCCUUUAGUCAAUGAUGAUGGAUUGCUUAGGCUACAUCCUCAAGCACUUGUAAAGCAGUUUGGGCUAUCUGAUCAUCCGGCUUUUGCGCCUUAUGAUAUCUUGAGUGUGUUUAAUGCAGAUGCGCCUUUUUGGUUUGAAGAAGAUGGCUUGGCUAUUGGUCCAAAUCAAGCGGAUUUUACUUUUGUUGUGCUUCAUGAAUUUAUGCAUGGUUUAGGUUUUUAUUCUGGAUGGAAUCAGUAUAUUUCUUCAAAAGCAUUAACACCGGAUCCUUCGCCCUUUUUGGCAAACCAGCUCCUUCUUUUGAUGAAUCCAAUGACAAAUGCCAUUCAUCCUAGUCAAUUCUUGGAAAGUGCUAUGGAUAGACUGAUGGGUAUUCUUAAUUACGACCAGCAAGGAAAAACACCUACAGGCACACAAACCUUGAUUUCAGACCUCACAAGACGACUUAAUCAAAUUCAAGCCUCAACAUUGUCCGAUCUUGCCGAUUCGUCAGAUUUUUCUAUUGCUCAUACCAUGUACCAAUAUGCUACUACUCCAGGAUCUCUAGGCGUCUUUGUGUCUUCAGAAGAAGCACCUGUCAUUCUGGAAACAGAACUUCAACCAUACCAACCAGGGUCUUCCAUCUCUCAUGUAGCCUUCAAGGAGUACACAAAUACACCAGAGUUUUUAAUGCGAUAUAUGCAAGAUAGAGGUCUUAGUUUGUCAAGUGCAGUGGAGAGAGGAGGAGGAAAUGGACCCAUUGGGCCUUUGUUGUUACGCAUUUUAGAGCACAUGGGUUAUUCUACUGUGGACAAGCCUAAUGUGAUACCUCCUUUACUCAUUUUUCAAAGACAAGAUAUAGGCUUUCCAUUUUCAAAAGUAAAUUCAAGAAAAAGCAAGCAUUUUAUAGAUCAAGUCAUUCAGCCAGACCUGUAUACAUCUGCAUCUGUUCAACACAAGGCUUCCUUUCAUUUAUUACUUUUAACUAUAUUUCUGUACAUAUUUGUUUAAACAAUAAAGUUUUAGAUCUGUAUUUACA